AUGGGCAGCUACCCCAUGGCCUCCCUGUACGUGGGUGACCUCCACUUGGACACCAGCGAGGCCAUGCUGUUCAGAAAGUUCAGUCCUGCGGGGCCUGUGCUGUCCAUCCAGCUAGCUGGCCUAAGAGCACUCCGCCACUCCCUGGGUUAUGCCCACAGCAACCUCCAGCAGCCGGCUGACCCUGACGCUGAGUGGGCCUUGGAUACCAGGCACUUUGAUGGCAUUAACGGAAAGCCAACCCGUGUCCUGUGGUCUCAGAGGGAUCCCUCUUUGAGAAGAUCUGGCAUGGGAAACGUCUUCCUCCAGAACUUGGACAAAUCCAUAGGUAACAAGGCACCGUAUGAUACUUCCGCUGCUUUCGGAAACAUUCUGUCCUGCAAGGUGGUGUGUGGGGAGAGCGCCGCUAAGGGGUCUGCCUUGGGCCACGGCAAGACCCAAGAGGCUGCUGACAAGGCCACGGCAAAGAUGAACGGCUUACGCCUCAAAGACCACAGAGUGUGUGUGGGUAGAUUCGAGUCUGGAAAAGAGUGGGAAGCCAAGUCUGGAGCCAAAGCAAAGGCGUUCACCAAUGUUUCUAUCAAAAACUUGGGGGAAGAGGCAGAUGAUGAGAGUCUGGGGGAGCUCUCUAGCCAGUCUGUAUAUUUCCACAAGGAACAGCCUCCAAGUGUGGGCAAGCGGUGCACUUUAAAAUCAAAGAGUACGGAUGAAAUUAAGUUCCUAAUCCAGGGACCUUAA